GAAAAAAAAAAGAUUUGACACGUCGAUCGUCCAAAUUCUUAAAAAGUUUUUGGAAAUUGAUAGAUAAGCUCAAUUCACGAGAGGAUAAAGCCAUGUCUAAUUCUAGACCGAAGUUGCUCUCAAUUGAUGCGUUCUCGAAAACCAUCGAGGAUGCAAAGAUCAAAACCGCAUCUGGAGGGAUUAUCACCUUGUUAUGUGUGGUCGUGGUGAUGUUUUUAAUCAAUAAUGAAUACAAGGAUUACACCCGUAUAAUCAACCUUCCAACAUUGGUGGUUGACAAGGACAUCAACAAGCCCUUGGACAUCAACCUUGACAUUACAUUCCCCAACUUACCAUGUGAAUUGUUUACCAUGGAUAUCUUGGAUAUUUCCGGUGAUUCCCAAGUUGAUAUCAUCAACUCAGGAUUUUUGAAAUAUAGAAUCGUUAAUGGGAAUGAAGAAAUCUUGGACAAUGAACCAGUCUUGGGUAAUGAUCUUUCUCUUUCUCAAUUGUCUGCUGGCCCGGAUAAGGAUGGCAAGUGUGGGUCAUGUUGGGGUGCAUUACUUCAAGAUGGUAACGAUAAUGUCCCUGAUAAUGAGAAGAAAUGUUGUAAUGAUUGUCAAACGGUUAAAUUGGCUUAUGCCGACAAGUUAUGGGCUUUCUAUGACGGUGAAGGUAUCGAACAAUGUGAAAAUGAAGGAUAUGUUAAGAAGUUACAAGAAAGAAUUGAAGCCAAAGAAGGUUGUAGAGUUAAAGGUACCACCAAAAUCAAUAGAAUUUCUGGUAAUUUACAUUUCGCUCCUGGUGCUAGUCAUUCUGGCACUGGUAGACAUGUUCAUGACUUGUCCUUGUAUGAUAAGUUCAAAGAUAAAUUUAACUUUGAUCAUACCAUUAAUCAUUUCCUGUUUGGCCCUGCCGCUAUCAAUGAGGCUGGUCAAGAUGAACAAAGCCAUCCUUUAGAUAACUACAAGAUUUGGGGACCAACUAAGGAACAUGUCUUUUCUUAUUACUUGAAGGUUGUUGCCACUAGAUUCGAAUUCUUGACUAAACCUUCAUUGGAUACAAACCAAUUUUCUGUGAUCACUCAUGAUAGACCAAUGAAAGGUGGUAGAGAUGAAGACCAUCAACAUACAAUUCACGCAAGAGGUGGAAUUCCUGGUGUAUUCUUCCACUUUGAUAUUUCUCCCAUGAAAAUCAUCAAUAAGGAACAAUUUGCCAAAACUUGGUCUGGGUUUGUAUUGGGAGUUAUUAGUUCCGUCGCUGGUGUAUUGAUGGUUGGAGCUGUUUUAGAUAGAUCUGUUUGGGCUGCUGAAAAAGUUAUUAGACAAAAGAAGGAUUUAUAAAAUAAGUAUUUAAGUGGUAGUUUAUAAAAAAAUGAAGACAAAAAGAUAUUAACUUGUUAUACAAUUAAUUCUAAUUUCUGAUUACGUGUAAUGUAGUCUAUCUAUGUACAGU